AAAUGGGCAAUCAUUUCUUGUUAGAAAGUAUUCGAUUCUCUAGCUUACAAUUUAUUAUUUUUAAAAAAAUGAAUUUUAAAAAAUAUGUCAUUAAGUAUUCAUCGUGUAUAUUUAUAUAUAUUUUGUUUUGUAUCGCGUUAAUUAUUUUUAAAAUUAGUUACGUUUCUUCGCGGCGUGAUAAGACACCAGUUAAUAAUUUUGAAUCCUUGGUAAUUGUCAAUGAAAAUCAUAACGACUUAAAUAACUUUGAAGAAACGCUGAUAAAUUCUACAGUUGAUCCUCUAAUAGUUGAUGAAGCGAUUCAACGAGUUUACAGUGUAUGUGAAAAGUAUAACAAAAGCACAGCAUUAGAAAGAAUGCAUUAUUUUUAUUCACCAAAACAUAAUUCUCUAUUCUGUUGGAUAAGAAAAGUUGCUUCUACAAGUUUUACUAAAUUAUUUGCUGACUUGCGUGAUAUUAAAAUAAUUGGCAAUUACUACAAACAAAUAGAAGCAUUGGUACCAGAAAGUAUUGAAGAAUUUUUAAAUUUGAUUGACGACACUGAUGUAUUUAAAUUUAUUGCUGUAAGACAUCCCUUUGAUCGACUUGUUUCCGCAUACAGAAGUCGAAUUGAAGAUAAUUCGAGACAUACAUCACAAGCAUGGAUGUUUGUACCUAGAAUAUUUUAUAUUACACGUCCGCAAUUGUUCCAUUUUAAUAAAACAACCGGUACUCCAUUAGAGCAAAUAUUUUAUAAUGACCGAAGGCUUAAGCUCAUCCCAACGUUUAAAGAGUUCAUAACAUGGCUUCUUGAACAGCCAGACGAGCAAGACGACCCUCACUGGAGUAAAUACCAAUCUCACUGCUCGAUAUGCCAAAUGUCCUUUGAUUAUAUAAUUAAGCUAGACAAUUACACAACUAGUGACGUAAAUUAUUUGUUUACAAAGCUGGGAUUAAAUAAAAAUCAAUGGGCACUACCAAGAUUGGGACAGAGUCACGACGGAACGACAACUUACGCGCGUACGUGCAAUUAUUUAUCGACUUUAUCAAGAGACAUGUUUUACAAAUUAUUUGAACGCUAUAAAAUAGACUUCGAGAUGUUUGAUUAUGAUUACAGUAUUUAUAAAUCUUGUAUAAAUAAAUAAUUCACAUUAAAUAGAA